AUGGGUGGAAACCAGUCCUCAGAAUGCAAUGCAAUAGUAAGACAAAUGGGGAUUUGGUGCAUUCAGAAAAACAUCUGGGUAUCGGCAACCCAUAUCCCAGGUGUCACAAAUGUAGAAGCAGAUAAAAAAUCCAGGCAAUUUGAUGUCCAUACAGAAUGGGCAUUAAAUGAUCAAGUUUUUUGAUAGGAUCUGUGUCAAAAAAUUUUACACCCAAGUGGACUUGUUUGCAUCCCGGCUUAACAAGAAGUUAGAGCAAUAUGUCUCUUGGCAGCCAGAUCCUAAGGCAGUAGCAGUUGAUGCUUUCAGCAUGAACUGGGCUACUAAAAGCUUUUACGCUUUUCCUCCCUUUAGCCUGUUAACAGAUGUUUGGCAAAAGAUCCAGGAGAAAUCAGCAGAGGGUAUACUGAUAAUACCCCUGUGGCCUACACAACCGUGGUACCCUGUGGCAAUGCAAAUGUUGGUCAACCACCCACAGAUUUUGCCCAAAAUGCAACGUCUACUUUACUUACAUCAAAUCUUGGCGAAGCGGAACUGUCCAGUAGUACCAAGUUACUUACCAUGCGGCAGCAUCCCCUGGUUUGCAGAUUCUUCGUG